AUGGCAGCAAAGAAGCCUGUUAUUGGGCUUUUAGGGGGUGGUCAACUUGGACGUAUGCUCUGCGAAGCGGCUGGACCCUUAGGAAUACCAAUUGCUAUCCUCGAUGCUGAAGAUUGCCCGGCAAAACAGAUUAACCAGAGCAGUCUUCACGUUACUGGAUCUUUCAAGGACGCGGAGAAGAUCAAACUCCUAGCAUCCCGUGUUGACUUCCUCACGGUUGAGAUCGAGCAUGUGGAGACGGAGGUGCUAGAAGAAAUAGCAACGAAAGGUGUAGAGGUGCCUUCGCCUGAUGGGAAUGGUACAAUAUUGAAGAAAGUACCUGUGCAUCCGUCAUGGAAGACCAUACGCUUAAUUCAAGACAAGUAUCGCCAGAAGGAAUACUUUGCUCAAAAUGGUAUUCCCGUCACUGAACAGAUGGCUAUAGAGUCUGGAGAGGGCAAAGCCGAUUCUCUGGAUGAGGCAGCUUGGAAGUAUGGAUUCCCUUUUAUGUUAAAAGGCAGUAAAGGCUCGUACGAUGGCCGUGGAAACUUCAAAGUUAGCGGUCCGGAAGAUUUGAAGAAUGUCGCAGAGCAGAUGGGAGACCAGCCGUUAUAUGCGGAAAAGUGGGUGCCUUUCGAAAUGGAGCUCUCAGUCAUGGUAUUACGGACAGAGGAUGACAACGGCAACUUAAAGCACGUCUAUCCGUAUCCAGUCGUUGAGACUAUACACGAAGAUAGCAUAUGCACCAAGGUGUUCUAUCCGCCACGGAGCAUACCAGAAGACGUCAAAAAGCGAGCGCAAAAUGUAGCAAGCGAUGUCAUAGCUAGUCUUUGGGGUCGAGGAGUCUUCGCAGUAGAGAUGUUCUUACUUGCUGACGGCCAGAUUCUGGUGAACGAAGUCGCUCCUCGUCCGCAUAACUCUGGUCAUUUUACUAUCGAAGCCGUACCUCAACUGUCACAAUAUAAGGCUCAACUAUACUCCAUACUAGACCUUAUCCCGCAGACAGGCGCAAAUCUCAACGCGCGAGUGUCUUCCGCAAUUAUGCUUAAUGUUCUUGGCGGUGCUCAGCCGAGUUCUCACAAUAGAUUCGUGGAGCUUGCUGAGAGCGCGUAUGAUGAAUUCACGGAUGUAUAUGUACAUCUCUACGGGAAGGAAUCGAAGCCGGGGCGGAAAAUUGGUCAUAUAACCGCCACGGGGUUCUCCUCCGUUGAACGUCUAGCUGAGACCAUAACCCCUCUCAUCAGUGCUAUGGAUGAGAUUCGAGCUGAACGUAUCGGCUCGAAGAGCUCAGCGCAGACAAAAGCGCCACGAGCGAAAGCCGUCCCUCUAGUUGCUGUAACUAUGGGGUCCGAUUCGGAUUUAACCACCAUGACAGCCGGUCUGAAGAUUUUAGAUGAGUUCAAUGUGCCUUACGAAGUCCGUAUAACAUCGGCGCAUCGAACACCACAUCAUAUGAUGAAAUUCGCAGCGGAAAUGUCAAAAUCUGGCUGUAAGGUUAUCAUUGCGGCAGCAGGGGGUGCUGCACACUUGCCGGGUAUGCUCGCGUCUGAGGUGCAUAUUCCAGUAAUAGGCGUUCCUGUGAAGGCGUCGGUGUUGGAUGGUGUCGAUAGUUUGCACAGCAUCGUCCAAAUGCCAAGGGGCAUACCCUGCGCUACAGUCGGAAUCGGGAAUUCAACCAACGCCGCGCUGCUCGCGAUCCGGAUUUUAGGUAGCGCAUAUCCAGAAUAUGCGGAGCGCAUGAAACGCUACCAGGACAAUAUGAAAAACGAGGUGCUAGCUAAAGACGAGAGGAUACAAUCUGUGGGCUGGCAGCAAUAUUUACAGGGUAUGCAGAAAAAAUGA